CGGGCCCGCCCGCGCGGCGCAGGAAAGGGGCAGAGCGGUGGGCACACUGCACCCUGGAGCCCGGAACCUCCCAACUGCAUGGACCGAAGGGCGGCGCUCGAUCUGCUGCGACCCUGGGGCCCCUCACGGUGUUUGGAUGCGACUCUCCUGCUCAACCUCAUCGUCCUUGCCUGUGCCAGGAGGACACGGUGGCGAGUGCACACGUGGAACGCCGCGACUCUCGCAAGGCCUACUACGAUCUUGGACUCAGCUAGCUGUGAAAGUUCGAGAACGGCCGCCCACUUGGAGGGGCCCUCCAAGGCCCUGCAUCUCCUUAGGCGAACGCAACCAGACAGAGGCAGGGACUUGAGUUUGAACGACGACGCAGAAACGUUUUCAAACAGAAGGGGCCUGUGGAUGGGGCCUGUGGAUGGAAGGGUGCCGCCAAGCCCGAUGUGUUCGUGGGAGCCGCUGAAGGUUAUGGAGAAAGGGAGGUUCCAGGACAGGGUUGGGAGCCGCCAGCAGGCCAGACCAGGGGCGCGGGCAUCCGGUUGCAGUUCUGGGCCUUGGGACAGGGUGAGCUAGGUGCAGGACAAGGAUCGUGUAGGUACUCCAGGCUUGAAGAGCACUAAAGUUGAAGUAGGGUGGAACUCGGGCUCUCAUGCAUGCUGGGCAGGCAAGAGCAGAACUUGCAGAGCCUCGUCUCUUCAGCCCUUGUUUGGUUUUUAAGAGAACGUGCAUCAAGAAGCCAAAGAGAGGAGGACAGGUCAUGUGCGCUUUGAGCUGGAUUGGGAUCCAGGGAGCAGACAAUAUCCAACUCUGCUGAUGUCCUGCUACCCAUGAUGCUCUGGUUCCAGGAAGUAGAGGAUGAGGAUUAAUUUAAUAAUCGUGCUACAGCCGUGGGUGUGUGGGAGUCCUGUAUUUCCAAUGAUUCCCCUGGGGUCAGGUCUUGAUUCAUCAGAGGCUGCCUUGGCCUGCUUCAGAACCAACUUGGCCUUCAGGCGUCAGUGGAUACCAGAAACUCAAGAUGGUACUCGGUAUUUAAGAUCUGCCGGAUUUGUAGGCGCUGGCCAGUGUGGCACAGACAGCAAGACCAGAGCUCUUCUCAGUUUUUCACUCUGUCCAUGGAUUUUGUUGCUGGGGCCAUUGGAGGAGUCUGCGGUGUUGCUGUGGGCUACCCUCUGGAUACUGUGAAGGUCAGAAUCCAGACUGAGGCCAAGUACACCAGCAUCUGGCACUGCAUCCGGGACAUAUAUCGUCAAGAGCGGGUGUGGGGCUUCUACAGGGGCCUCUCGCUGCCCGUGUGCACAGUGUCCCUGGUGUCGUCUGUAUCUUUUGGUACCUACCACCACUGCCUGGCUCAUAUUUGCCGCUUCCGGUACGGCAGCAAGGACGCCAAGCCCACUAAGGCUGAUAUCACACUGUCAGGAUGCGCCUCUGGUCUUGUCCGGGUGUUCCUGACGUCACCCACUGAGGUGGCCAAAGUCCGCCUGCAGACACAGGCCCAAGCUCAGACGCAGCAGCGGCGGCCGUCGGCCUCCUGGACAUCUGUGGCUCCCGCUUUGUGUCCCGCAUCUGCUGCUUGCCUGGAGCCCAGGCCUAAGUACAGUGGGCCGCUGCACUGUUUAGUCACAGUGGCCCGAGAGGAGGGGCUGCGGGGACUCUACAAGGGCAGCUCGGCUCUGCUCCUUCGGGAAGGUCACUCCUUUGCCACCUACUUUCUUUCCUAUGCUAUGCUCUGCGAGUGGCUCACUCCUGCUGGCCAGAGCCAGCCAGAUGUCCUAGGCGUGCUGGUGGCUGGAGGCUGCGCUGGAGUCCUGGCCUGGGCUGUGGCUACCCCCAUGGAUGUGAUCAAGUCACGCCUGCAGGCGGAUGGGCAGGGCCAGCAGCGCUACCGGGGCCUCCUGCACUGUGUGGUGACCAGCGUGCGGGAGGAGGGUCCCAGGGUGCUCUUCAAGGGACUGGCACUCAACUGCUGCCGUGCCUUUCCUGUCAACAUGGUGGUCUUUGUGGCAUAUGAGGCUGUGCUGAGGCUCACUCAGAGCCUGCUUACAUAGGCACCGGUCAGCAGCAUCCACGUCACACAGCAGCUGGAGGCAAAGGGGCACAUGGGUAGGCUCAGGACCCCACAGAGUUGUCACCGGAACAGCAGAGGGCCUUCUGUGCCGUGACUUAUGGGAGGCCUGAGCUUGGCCAGCCUAGCUGCUGACCACAGUCAGGGAGUUGAUCUGCCAUCUGCUUGGGAGUUACAAGUGAGGAUUGUAUGGGUCUCCUUGAUGAGACCAUGUGUCACUUGGAGUCAUUUUUCACGGAACAACUGUUCAUUCCUGCUUGUACUGUCAUGACCGCACCGAUUUCAGAGCAUACCCUCGCCAGCCCCGCUGGGUGCUGGGCCAACCUCUAACCCCAGUUCCACUUAGCAUCCACCGAUUCACAAUGUGAAUGCCCCUUAGAGGCAGGCUAGGGACCAGACAGCAAGCUGAGCCAUCUGGCACAGGCUGGGCUGGUUCCCUGUCCUCGGAGGGCCCACCGUUCUCAUUGCCUGAGGAAUUGGUGAAGGGCAUCACCGUCACAUACCCACACUGCCUGUAGGUGCUGUGCGGGCCACACGAAGAUCCUGGAACCUGGUUCAGGAGUGGCUGUUAAUAAAUGUUUCUGUGGUUGCUCA